UGUUGCACAUCCCUAGUGGCAAUAAAUAAAAAUAAUAAAAACAAGCAAAAUUCGCAAAACAUUCAAAUGCACCAAGUGGAAAUGCGACCACCUAGCGCCCCGCCCCACUGACAACUCAGGUGCAGCCCCAUGGCCAUGCCUGCCCCCACUUUCGGGGCCGCCGAAGCAGCAGCUGCGUCGGAAAGCGCAGUGGAAUUGCAGCGAAAACAGCAACAACAACGCCUGGCCAGAAAUUCCCUGCUGUCGGAAUUGCGAAGAUCGACGAUUUUCUGGUUCCGGGCCAAAUCCUCGGACGGAUUCCAGCUGCUAUCGCAGAGCUGCACCCGGAUUCUGCAGCAUGGAAUGUUGCUUCCAGUGGAGCUGCAGAGACUAGCGGAUGACUUUGAGUUCCUACUGGCAAGUGCGGGCAAACCACCGCCAUCGCUGGGGACGCUAUCACAACCACAGUCGCCAACGCAUCCGGCUGGUGUGUUCGGUGCUGAAGAGUUCCUUGUGCAGUGGACAGAGCGCUGCCUGCGUGCCCAGUGCCUGACGCAGUGCCUGCAAACCCUGGUCUCCGAUCCGGAGCUAAUGGACUUUUAUUAUCCCAGCAAGGAGGCCUUUCUGCGUCAUUCGGGCGAUGCCACCGCCCUGUUUGUGUGCCUGACGGCCGUCCAGUUGAAUCAGAGCGGCUUGCUGGGACAAUUGGAGGUACGAAACAAGCUGCGCCACCGGCGUACCUGCUCCCAGCCGAACUUUAGCAUCUCGCCCAAGCUGCAGGCUGUGCCCGAGGAGAGGCAGCUGCAGAAGCGAAGCUUCCUGCGGCGACUGAAGAGUCUGCCGAAUCUAAAGCCAGAGGACGAGGAGCCAGAAGAGGGCACGGGCUUGAGUCGAAGACGCUGCCAAACCUUUAGCAGCUCCAGCCGAAGGGAGGACUAUGUGGAUGCCGCGCCAUCCACAAGUUCCUGCUCGUCCAGCGGCGGCAGCCCAAAUAAACGGAUACAACUUAUAAACUGUGAUGACAUCAAAAUCUGGACGGAUCUGACGACGCCCCAAGAGCAGUCGAUGGAGGAGAUACCGAGAGCAGCAGCAGCAGCAGGAGGCUCCUCCUCCUCCCCCUCCUCCUUGUUGGUGGGCAGUUUUCUGGGCAGCCUGUUUGGAUCGCCGCCCGUCUAUACCAGCUGGUUCCAGAGGGGACUGGGCGAGGAUCUGAAUGCCGCCGGCGAGGGUGGCGUAUUGAACAAUUUCCUGCCCAUAAAUGGCAGGAAACUGAAGAAGCAUCAGACCCUUUUCGAGGGCGUUAGCAUGCUGGAUGAGGCUGCCGCUGCUGCGGUUGCAACGGCUCCCUGCAUGGCAUCGGCACCCUGGGAUAUCCAGAGAUCCCCGGCAAGCAGCAGCAGUACCGCCUCCAGUUCGGUGAGCAUUACUCCUGGCAGCAGCGACAAGCUGGACCAGCAAUCGCUGGCCUCCUUCCUCCAAAUGUCCCGGCAGACGCACAACAACACCCAGUUGGAGAAGGAGAAUGCCCACUUUCGGAUUUCGGAGGCCUGCAUCACGGCCAUCGAGCAUGUCAAGUGGAGCCGGAGGCUGGAAACCAGACCAGAUCACCCCCAGACCUGUGUCGGCAGGCAGGAAAAUCUCAUGGAACCAAAUCUAAUGCCCUAUGCCGAGCAGAUUGCCGGCGGAAUGGAGAACCACAGUGCCGAGGCAGUGGGUCUGCAGUUGAUAUCGCGCUUCAGUGACCAGCAAUUGCCCCGCUUGGGCCAUCUCAAGUGGCUUGUUUCCGAGCAGGAGGCACCGCAAAAGCUUCUGCCGCUGCCCAUGCCCACCAAGAAGGAUCACCACGACGAGCAGUCUAGCCUGACCAGGGGCACGUCCAGUUGGGCACCGCCCCGCCAGCAGAUCAUAUUCACCGAGCAUCCCUCGGCGAGUCGUUCCCAGUUGCUGGCCAAGCAGAAUCAACGCUGUGCCGGCUGCGGCAUGCGUGUGGCCAAGCAUCUGCAGCAGCAUUUUCGCUACUGCAGCUACCUGGGGAAGUACAUGUGCACUGGCUGUCAUCGGAAUCAGAUAUCCGCCAUUCCGGCAAGGAUUCUACGCUCCUGGGACUUUCGCUGCUAUCCGGUUUGCUCCUUUGCAUACAAACUGAUCGAGCAGAUGUACGCCUUCCCGCUCUUCCAUGUCCCGGAUCUUAAUGCGCAGCUGUAUAAGCACAAGGAGCUGGCCACCGCCAGGAGGAGGAGGCUGCAGCUCCAGACGGUCAAGGGUUUCAUAGCCAAUUGUCGGUUUGCAGAGAGAGAGCAAGCCUUCUUCAAUGUUAUCCCUGCCCACAUAACCCAAGAUCCGGACAUGUGGUCCAUGUGCGACUUUGUGGACGUGCAAAACAGCAGCAUGAGUCGCUCCAUCAAAGAGGUGAUCGCUUUGAGUGAACAGCACGUCCGAAACUGUGUGCUCUGUACGGGUCGUGCCUUCGUCUGUGAACACUGCAAGGGCGGCGAGCUUCUCUACCCUUGGCAGCGAAAAAUCUAUCGCUGCGAUCGUUGUGGCGCCUGCUUCCAUCACAGCUGCUGGAAGAGUCGGUGCCGCAGUCGCAGCUUCAAUAGCUACCCUUGCUCCAGGUGCUCUCGUCUACAGAAUCGGGCCAGCUAGCAUUCGGUUAAAAUGCUAGAACCCCUCCGUCUGUGCAAAAGACAAUGGCGAAAUGGAAGUUAAUCGUAGUCUUUAUUUAAAUAUUAAUAUUCGAAGAGUUGAUUUAUGAACUUUGCCUUGGUAACUAAUUGGUUUAAUAUUCGUCUUUAUUUUAUAAUUUUAUUUAUUGAUGCUAACCAGUUUAUUAUAUUUUAUAACUUUGUAAAACUGUGCAAACUUGAAUAUUUCCAAUAUCUGAGUCAUUUCUUAUUUUCCUUUUAACUUUAACUUGAAGAAAAACUUUAAAUUAAGAGGCCACAAGUAAUUCCAUUUUCUCCAUUCAAAAAUUUUGACGCUAUCCAAGGUUUUAAGUUUAAGCAAAUUCAAGAUAUCUAACUGGUACUUGUGUAUAUUUUUACUGUAAAUAACUAUGUACAUUACCAAAACUGUUACGAAAAUCGUGUACCUCAAGCGAAGGAUGAGAGCAACAUGUUGAUUUUAUACAUAUAUAACACUAACACUAACGAUAUAUCGAAUAUUUAUUGUGUAACGAAUUAAAUGAUUAAAGAUUGUAUUUUUAUUAAACCAAAUCUGACAUUGGGCAUCAUAGAAAUCUCUAGCUACAGUCCCUGGCCUCCAAAAGGAGAUGAUAAAAUCCAAAGCACCGA